CUCCAAGAACGGCGGGCGGUUGCAGCAGAGCUGAACGAGUCGCGACGCAGAAGGCCAUAGAAGCCUUCAGGCUCACUACAAAAUGGCCACGUCUGACUCGAAGGCUCCGAUAAGGACCGUUAAAAGGGUCCAAUUCGGAAUCAUAUCACCCGAUGAAAUCCGACGUAUGUCAGUCACAGAAGGAGGCAUCCGCUUCCCGGAAACGAUGGAGGGAGGUCGUCCAAAGCUGGGUGGACUGAUGGAUCCACGUCAAGGUGUAAUCGACAGAAAUUCCCGCUGUCAGACCUGUGCGGGCAACAUGACCGAGUGUCCAGGUCACUUUGGCCACAUAGACCUUGCUAAGCCGGUGUUCCACGUGGGUUUUAUAACAAAAACCAUAAAAAUCCUCCGCUGCGUGUGUUUCUACUGUUCCAAGCUUCUCGUAAGUCCCCAAAAUCCAAAGAUCAAAGAAAUUGUGAUGAAGAGUAAGGGCCAGCCUCGUAAACGUCUCACCUUUGUCUACGAAUUGUGCAAAAGUAAGAAUAUCUGCGAGGGUGGAGACGAAAUGGACAUUAACAAGGAGGGAGCUGAAUCAACAGCACCAGAUCGUAAACCAGGUCAUGGUGGUUGUGGCAGGUACCAGCCAAAUCUUCGUAGAUCUGGUCUUGACGUGAGUGCUGAAUGGAAACAUGUGAAUGAGGACUCACAGGAGAAAAAAAUUCCAUUGACUGCGGAAAGAGCCUGGGAGAUUCUCAAACACAUAACAGACGAGGAGUCUUUUAUUCUGGGAAUGGAUCCCAAAUUUGCUAGGCCAGAUUGGAUGGUUGUUACUGUCCUUCCAGUGCCUCCAUUAUCAGUCAGACCAGCUGUCAUCAUGUACGGUUCAGCGAAAAAUCAAGACGAUCUCACUCACAAGCUAGCGGACAUAAUAAAAUCCAAUAAUGAACUUGUGAGAAAUGAACAGGCUGGUGCUGCUGCUCACAUAAUUUCAGAGAACAUUAAAAUGUUACAAUUUCAUGUGGCCACACUGGUUGACAAUGACAUGCCUGGCAUGCCCAGGGCAAUGCAGAAAUCUGGGAAACCAUUGAAAGCGAUAAAAGCGAGACUCAAAGGGAAGGAGGGAAGAAUCAGAGGUAAUUUGAUGGGUAAACGUGUUGACUUUUCAGCAAGAACUGUUAUCACUCCUGAUCCCAAUCUCAGAAUUGAUCAGGUUGGUGUACCCAGGAGUAUUGCCCAAAAUCUUACAUUCCCGGAGAUUGUUACACCCUUCAACAUUGAUAAGAUGCAGGAGCUCGUGAGGAGAGGGAACUCCCAGUAUCCAGGUGCCAAGUAUAUCGUCAGAGAUAAUGGUGAACGUAUUGAUUUGAGAUUUCAUCCAAAACCCUCAGAUCUUCAUCUCCAAUGUGGUUACAGAGUUGAGAGACACAUUCGAGAUGGUGAUUUGGUGAUAUUCAAUCGUCAACCAACACUCCACAAGAUGAGUAUGAUGGGUCACAGGGUUAAAGUUCUUCCCUGGAGUACAUUCAGAAUGAAUCUUAGUUGUACAUCACCUUACAACGCUGAUUUCGAUGGGGAUGAGAUGAAUCUCCAUGUCCCUCAGUCCAUGGAGACUCGAGCUGAGGUGGAGAAUAUUCACGUCACGCCACGACAAAUUAUUACACCUCAAGCCAACAAACCUGUCAUGGGUAUUGUACAGGAUACAUUAACGGCUGUUCGAAAAAUGACGAAAAGAGAUGUUUUCAUUGAGAAGGAGCAGAUGAUGAAUAUUCUGAUGUUUUUGCCAAGUUGGGAUGGAAAAAUGCCUCAGCCCUGUAUUCUCAAGCCCAAACCUUUGUGGACAGGUAAGCAAAUUUUCUCUCUCAUUAUCCCUGGUAAUGUCAACAUGAUACGAACACAUUCCACUCAUCCUGACGAGGAGGAUGAUGGCCCCUACAAGUGGAUAUCCCCAGGAGACACCAAAGUUAUGGUCGAACAUGGUGAAUUAGUCAUGGGAAUCCUUUGUAAGAAAACUCUGGGUACGUCAGCGGGCUCUCUUCUUCACAUCUGUAUGUUAGAAUUGGGUCACGAAGUAUGUGGAAGAUUUUACGGUAACAUUCAGACUGUAAUCAACAACUGGCUGCUGUUGGAGGGUCAUUCCAUUGGUAUUGGCGACACAAUCGCUGAUCCUCAGACAUAUCUGGAGAUUCAGAAAGCCAUCAAGAAGGCCAAGGAGGAUGUCAUAGAAGUUAUCCAGAAGGCCCACAAUAUGGAGCUGGAGCCAACUCCUGGUAAUACCCUUCGACAGACAUUCGAGAAUCAAGUGAACAGAAUUUUGAACGAUGCUCGUGACAAAACUGGAGGUUCAGCUAAGAAAUCAUUGACUGAGCAUAAUAAUCUUAAAGCUAUGGUGGUAUCAGGUUCCAAGGGAUCGAACAUCAAUAUUUCCCAGGUUAUUGCUUGUGUAGGACAACAGAAUGUCGAGGGUAAAAGAAUUCCUUUUGGUUUUCGUAAACGAACACUUCCUCAUUUUAUCAAAGACGAUUACGGUCCCGAGUCCAGGGGUUUUGUUGAAAAUUCCUAUCUCGCUGGUUUGACCCCAUCAGAAUUCUAUUUCCAUGCUAUUGGUGGACGUGAGGGUCUCAUCGAUACUGCUGUAAAAACAGCUGAAACUGGAUACAUUCAGAGACGUUUGAUAAAGGCUAUGGAGUCGGUUAUGGUGCAUUACGAUGGAACAGUGAGAAAUUCAGUGGGACAAUUGAUUCAGUUACGUUAUGGUGAGGAUGGACUCUGUGGUGAGACUGUUGAAUUUCAGAAUCUACCUACCAUUAAAUUAAGUAACAAGGCAUUUGAGAAAAAAUUCAAAUUUGAUCCGACCAAUGAAAGAUACUUGAGGAGAAUUUUUAAUGAGGAAAUAGUCAGGGAAAUGAUGGGCUCGGGAGAAGUGAUUUCGGAGCUUGAGAGAGAGUGGGAUCAGUUGAAUAGGGAUCGACAGGUACUUCGAGAGAUAUUCCCAAGUGGUGAAUCCAAGGUGGUACUCCCCUGCAACUUGACAAGAAUGAUUUGGAACGUUCAGAAGAUUUUCCACAUCAAUAAACGAGCGCCCACUGAUCUCAGCCCGAUGAGGGUAAUUCAAGGAGUGAAGGAUCUCCUAGAAAAAUGUAUUAUUGUGGCUGGUGACGAUAGGCUCAGUAAACAGGCCAACGAGAAUGCCACACUUCUCUUUAGAUGCCUGGUGAGGUCGACUCUCUGUACCAAAUGUGUCUCCGAAGAGUUUAGGCUUUCCAGUGAAGCAUUCGAAUGGCUGAUUGGAGAAAUUGAGACGAGAUUCCAGCAGGCACAGGCAGCACCUGGAGAAAUGGUGGGUGCCCUGGCUGCUCAAAGUCUUGGCGAACCUGCCACUCAGAUGACCCUCAACACUUUCCAUUUUGCUGGUGUAUCAUCGAAAAACGUAACACUCGGUGUGCCAAGGCUCAAAGAAAUCAUUAACAUCAGUAAAAAACCCAAGGCUCCUUCACUUACAGUAUUCCUGACAGGAGCAGCUGCUAGGGACGCUGAAAAGGCUAAGAAUGUUCUUUGUAGACUUGAACACACGACACUGAGGAAAGUAACAGCUAAUACAGCUAUUUACUACGAUCCAGAUCCUCAGAAUACUGUGAUUGCUGAGGAUCAGGAGUUCGUAAAUGUGUACUAUGAAAUGCCUGACUUUGAUCCAACAAAAAUAUCACCUUGGCUGCUUCGUAUCGAGCUUGAUCGUAAGAGAAUGACCGAUAAAAAAUUAACCAUGGAACAAAUUGCUGAGAAAAUAAAUGCUGGCUUUGGUGAUGAUCUCAAUUGCAUAUUCAACGAUGAUAAUGCAGAGAAACUGGUCCUGCGUAUUCGUAUUAUGAACAGUGAUGACAAUAAAUUCACGGAUACUGAGGAGGAGACUGUUGAUAAAAUGGAGGACGAUAUGUUCUUGAGGUGUAUUGAGGCAAAUAUGUUGAGUGAUAUGACACUUCAGGGAAUUGAAGCCAUUGGUAAAGUGUACAUGCAUUUACCACAGACCGACGCUAAGAAGAGAAUCAUCAUCACAGAUACUGGAGAAUUCAAAGCUAUUGCUGAAUGGCUACUCGAGACUGAUGGUACCAGUUUGAUGAAAGUAUUGUCUGAACGAGAUGUUGAUCCAGUGAGGACCUUUAGUAACGAUAUUUGCGAGAUAUUCCAGGUACUGGGAAUCGAGGCUGUGAGAAAGUCAGUGGAGAAGGAAAUGAAUGCUGUACUCCAGUUUUAUGGGCUUUACGUAAACUAUCGGCAUCUUGCUUUGUUGUGUGAUGUUAUGACAGCUAAAGGACACUUGAUGGCUAUAACACGUCAUGGAAUCAAUAGACAGGACACUGGUGCAUUGAUGAGAUGCUCCUUCGAGGAAACUGUUGAUGUUCUGUUGGAUGCAGCAUCUCAUGCUGAAGUAGAUCCAAUGAGGGGUGUCUCUGAGAAUAUUAUUAUGGGACAGUUACCAAGAAUUGGUACUGGAUGCUUUGAUUUACUUCUCGAUGCUGAGAAAUGUAAACAGGGAAUUGAAAUACCAAUGGCAGUGGGUGCUGGUGUUAUGGGUGGUGCUGGUAUGUUCUUCGGUAGUGCGGCAACACCAAGUAUGAGUCCACAGAUGACUCCUUGGAAUCAAGCAGGUGCAACACCAGGUUAUGGUGCAUCAGCAAUGUCACCGACAUUAGGAAGUGGAAUGACACCAGGUGGUGCUUGCUUCUCACCAUCUGGUGCUUCAGAUGCUUCAGGUCUAUCACCAGCUUAUUCGGCUUAUUCACCACAGCCUGGUAGCCCAGGAAGUCCAGGACCCAGUAUGAGCCCUUAUCCGAUGUCACCAGCAGGUGGUGCAUCACCAAGUUAUUCACCUACAUCACCAGCUUAUCUACCCACUUCUCCAAGUAUGACACCUUCCAGUCCAAAUUAUUCACCAACAAGCCCAACUUAUUCACCCACAAGUCCAAAUUAUUCACCAACGAGUCCCAGUUACUCACCGACAAGUCCUGGUUAUUCACCAGCAAGUCCCAGCUACUCACCGACGAGUCCAAGUUAUUCGCCAACAUCUCCGAGUUAUUCACCAACGUCACCAAGCUAUUCUCCAACAUCACCGAGCUAUUCACCAACAAGUCCAAGCUACUCACCAACCAGUCACAGUUAUUCUCCAACAUCUCCCAGCUAUUCGCCCACAUCUCCAAGCUAUUCACCAACGUCUCCAGGAUAUUCACCAACGAGUCCAAGUUAUUCGCCAACGAGUCCCGGAUAUUCACCAACAAGUCCAAGUUACUCUCCGACUUCACCAAGCUAUUCCCCAAGCUCUCCAAAUUAUACGCCAGCAUCACCAUCCUAUUCACCAACAUCACCAUCAUAUUCACCCUCAUCCCCUCAAUAUUCACCAGCGAGUCCAAGUUAUUCGCCAAGCAGUCCCAAGUAUUCACCAACGAGUCCAAGUUACUCACCAACAUCGCCAUCAUUCGCUGGCACUUCACCUCAGUACACACCAGCGAGUCCUACUUAUUCUCCAACAUCUCCAACGUAUUCACCAACGAGUCCAAGCUAUUCACCGAGCUCACCUCAACACACUACAGGUGGAAGCACGAGGUAUUCACCCAGCAGUCCAAAUUAUUCACCAACUAGCCCAACUUAUUCACCAUCGAGCCCUCAGUAUUCACCAUCAAGCACGAAAUAUUCACCCACAAGUCUAACAUACACUCCAACGAGCCCAAGCUAUUCUCCAACAAGUCCCACUUACUCACCACCUGUGCCAGGGUAUUCACCCACGAGUCCAAAUUACUCACCGGCAUCGCCAGCUUACGAGACUGACGAUUAAGCACUUGGAAUGCAGUCAGGUAUUGAAUCUUGAGAGAAGAAGAUAUGUGACAAGAAAUAUCGAAUUUAUUACUUUUUUUUUCAUUUUAUCUCAGAUCUUCACGUUAAUAUACUUUGAUGUAAGAUAUUUCCGUUUAUUCCUCAACUGUUUUACUGGUCGUCACGUUUAUCCUGUGACGCGGAAGCAAUUCAACUAGUUAAUUUUUUUUUCAAAUUUAUUGAAUAACGUUUAUACGAUAAUAUCAACAUUAAGUUAUUAUAUAUCCGUACAUUAGUCAGGUUAUUCCAUCGAGGUCAUUGGCAUUGGGGGGUGGAAUGUCAUGAGUGAAUAGUGUGUUUGAAAAUUUGACAUGAUCCAAAUAUUCAACAAUGUAUUGGCAUAUAUUUUUUGUAUAUAAUAAAGAGAAAGAGAAUAA